AUGGCCGAAGCCGAUAAAUUAAACAUUGAUUCGAUUAUAGCCCGAUUAUUAGAAGUUAGAGGUGCCCGGCCCGGAAAAAACGUCCAGCUAACCGAAAAUGAAAUCAGAGGGUUGUGCUUAAAAUCCAGGGAAAUUUUUCUCAGUCAACCGAUUCUUUUGGAAUUGGAAGCUCCCUUGAAAAUAUGUGGUGACAUCCAUGGUCAAUACUAUGAUCUCUUGCGUCUCUUUGAAUAUGGAGGAUUCCCACCAGAGUCUAACUACUUAUUCCUAGGUGAUUACGUUGAUCGUGGAAAGCAAUCUUUAGAAACAAUCUGUCUAUUGUUGGCCUACAAAAUCAAAUAUCCAGAAAACUUUUUCCUGCUCAGAGGUAAUCACGAGUGCGCUUCCAUCAAUAGAAUUUACGGGUUUUAUGACGAAUGUAAAAGAAGAUAUAAUAUCAAAUUAUGGAAGACCUUCACAGACUGCUUUAACUGUCUUCCCGUAGCUGCCAUUGUAGAUGAAAAGAUCUUCUGUUGUCAUGGAGGCUUAAGUCCCGACCUCCAAUCUAUGGAACAAAUUAGAAGGAUAAUGCGCCCCACUGAUGUACCUGAUCAAGGUUUGCUCUGUGAUUUACUUUGGUCUGACCCUGACAAAGAUCAAAUGGGAUGGGGUGAGAAUGACAGAGGUGUCAGUUUCACAUUUGGAGCAGAGGUUGUGGGCAAAUUCCUCCAUAAGCACGAUUUCGAUCUGAUCUGUCGGGCACAUCAAGUAGUGGAAGAUGGUUAUGAAUUCUUUGCCAAAAGACAACUGGUAACGUUGUUCAGUGCGCCAAAUUAUUGUGGUGAAUUUGACAAUGCAGGAGCGAUGAUGUCCGUCGACGAAACCCUGAUGUGCUCGUUCCAAAUUUUGAAACCGGCAGACAAGCGGAAAUUCCAGUACAACAUGAACUCGGGCAGGCCCGUGACGCCACCACGCGGCGCCACCAACAAAAACAAAAAGAAGUGAGACGCCGACUGGCAUACACCGCCCAGGGAGCAUAUUUAUUGAGCGUGAGCGAGAGAGAAUGUGAGAAUGGUAGAGUCUAGGUUAGGUAUUAUUAGUAGGAUACUAUUAGCAUAAUAUUUUAUUGUUUUUUUAUAAUAGCGUUUAAGGGAGGAAUUGCUGUUUAUCGAAGUGGGUUGACUUUUUGAUCUGAAUUUUGCUUGUGCAAGCAAACAAUAAAAUUGUAUGAGCCUCCCACUUCAAUAAAUGGUUGGCUUUUUUUUUUUGUUUAAUGAGAACCAGCUAAGGUACCCCUUCACAUAGAAAGAUUGCAUAAAGUCAAAUUUACCUAAAAAAUACCAAACUAAGUAUAAAAUAAUGAAGAGAGGGAACACCCACCACUCAAACCUAGAGGUUGUGUUGCUAAAAAGCGGCAUUGGUUAAGAAAGAUCUUUGGUUGGUAAUACAUCUAUUGUCAAAGUUUUUUGACAUUUUUCAUGGUUUUUCUUCAAUACUUGAAGCUUCUUCAAGUAAAAUUAUCUCUCUUAAAUAUUAAAAAAAAAUCCUUUCCUAACUCUUCUUCCCCUCACUUACUCACUCACUCAAUCAUCGUUAUAUUUUACAAACCAAUCGACAAGUAACAUUUUUCAUGUAGUUAUAAAGGCGAUUUGUUAAUUUUUCAAUGGUCAUUGUUGAAAAAUAAGGACCCCAGUAAGGAAUCAUUAUCAUUAAUUAAUUUUGUAGGCUAAAAAAUAAGAUAAGUUCUACCAAUGUGGUGGAGAAGGUCAUUGUUUAUGACUGAUGCAGGUGUAAAAAAAAUAUGUAGUGGUAAAGAAAAAAAAAAGUUACUGCUGAAUGAGGAUUGACAAUUGAAUCAUUAUAUUGAUUUGGCGCAGGGCCAGUAAAUGCAAAAGGUUGCUGCAACUUCUGGUCAAGUGCAGUGAAGGUAUUUGAGGUAAAUUGGCCACCCAAGUUUGUUGGGUGUUUUAUGUAUUAUGUUCGCUUUUGAAUUCUUAUUUAGUUCUUUACACCGACCAUUUAAAGGGAAGUUUUAUGAUAAUCGAGACAAUAAUCAACACUCAAAGUGACUUUUUUUUGAUAAAUUUUGAACUGUUCGGCUUCAAUUUUGGCCGAUUUGGAGCUUAAGACAUUUUCCAUAGAUAAUUGUACAGGGUGUCAAGUUAUAAAGUACCACCUCUUAUAACUUUUUUAUUUUUGAUUGUACAUAAAAAAGGUACAGGUAGUGGUACACUUUUUCUCCAGAUUGUGAGUUAAAGGAUUGGUUGAUUGGACAUCGAAUCUACUGCCUACCGGGACCGUUUGGGUUUGUGUUAAUUUCUUCCGAUUUGCUUUAGAUUCUUCAAUUGAUUGGUUGCUGGUGUCCUCUUCUAAAGUUUAAAGACUUCCAAGAGUGUUUGCUUCUCUUGUAAAUACUAUUUUCAAAGGGAAUUGAUUCAUCUACGCUUAAGAACAGGUGACUGGUUUUCAGGAGAGCGGAUUUCCUCUGAAAGACAUUUACUCUUAAAAAGUGCUAGCGGGCUUGUCACUGCUCAAUCAAACGUCAGGACACUGUCAUAUUCUGUUGGACAAUAGACCUAUCUAUUUUACCAGACAAAGAGGUAAUAAUACGAAAACUUUAUUAGAUAGAAAAAGACGCAGAACGCUUAUUGCGCAAGACGAGGCAAAACGUACCAAAUUAUGUUAGACUUACGAAUAGCAAUCCAUUCUUAUUAUCUGCACAGGAUAAAAAAGGAAGGAGGAAAACCGCAUGACAUUCAACAUAUUUGUCAAUCAAAAACACAAACAAUUGAAAAUCCAUCACUUGUCAAGCUACGUCAAAUUGAAUAUCCAGGCAUAAUUUUAUCCUUGGCAGACCACGGGCAAUGAACAAGGACAAGGAGAUGCCUAGCGUGCAAAAGGAUUACUUCACACCUGUACUAGUUAGCCAAUAAAAAUGCAUUGCCUCGUGUUGCGCGCUCAUACAGGUAAAAAUAGACUAUUUGACAUUAAUUUUUGAGUUCUGGAAGAUUGGGUAGAAGAGGCUACCAUAAAAUAGUGUUCUGCACUUGGGCUCAUUAUUGGGAGCUGGGAGCCUUGUUGCUAAAAAGUCAAUUUAGACAGUUUUCAAAAAAAGUAUGUUUUUCUGCGAUUGACAAGAAAUGUCAGCAUUUUUGACCAGUUGACAGGUCGCAAAACUCAAUAUUCUGGUAUUUCAAUUAUGUUUCAAUAGUUGCUAAGGAAUCAAUGAAUAACAAUACUGGAAACACUUUUCCGGCCUAGGCCGGGAAAGUGAUUCUCGUAUUGCUGAAUAAUUGGAACUAAAAUACAAAAAUUUAACAGGUAUUUAACCGAUCGCAGAAAAAAUAGUAUGUGUAUUUCGGUGGAAAAGCACAUUCUUGGCCUUCGGUGUUUGCCGUCAACUUACACCGUCGGCCGAGAAUGUGUCACUUUUCCACCUAAAUACACAAUAUACUAUAAUUUGUUUAAAAUUCUUGUAUGCCUUAUUUUUAUUGUUAUUGAACUUUAUAUAGUUUUUAAGUUUUGCUGGCCUAUAUAAACCUAUCAGUGCAUAUAUUUUUUUCUGCUGCAGCAUUUCUUUCAGAGGAAAAGAUAUUUUUCCAAGAGCGUACUUAUUAGCUUUGUGGGAGAAGACUACUGAAAGAUGGUUGUUCAGCGGGAACAGGAAAGUCUCCUGACAUUUGAUUGAGAAGUGAUACGCCCGUUAGCACUUCCUAAGAGUAGUAUUUGGGCGAGGAAAUCUACUCCUGAAAAUCAGUCAGCUGUUCUUAAGCGUAGGCAGGUGAAUUCCUGCGACCAACUUUGAAAAUAGUGUUCACAAACCAUACACUUUUGGAAAUUUUUAAACUUUGGAAGAGUAUACCUACAACCAAUUGAUUGAAGAUUGUAGAGGAAGUCUUGCUGAAUGCUCAACGGUAUUAAGGACAGAAAUACUCCUCUCACAUUGCUAAUUUGCGCACACCGGAAAAAGUUAUCUUCUAUGAUGAAAGCUUUGAAUAUUGUGGCCCACUCACUUGUCAUAAUUCAUUAGUGAGUUGACUCCAUAAGAACAUCUUAUGUGAGAAAAUAAUAAUAAUAAUAAUAAAUGCUCAAACGAGGUGAGCCAGGAAAAUAUUGAUACAAAGGCGUCAAACCAAUGUUUAGCUUGGAAAAGAAAAAUACAGCAACAGGUGUGAGGUCAGAUGACCAUUGGCGGGCUAAUGUAGGGAGUCACCAACUCAACUUUGUCUAUUCAUUUCCACUUUGUCCUCUAAAUUUUUGGCGUCCGAUGAAAUUUCAAUUCAGGCUGAGAGAAAAUGGCUAGCUUUCGUGAAAUCGCGCUGCUUUACAGACUCUGUACAGGUAAUAAGCAAGUAAAUGUUCCUAUUUUCGAGGAUCAUAGUGAUAAAAAAGUAUUUCUUAAAAUUAACGCCUGUCUGCCAGGUAGGAUAUCCAAAGAGGACCAAUUACCCAAGAAAAUAUGUGAUAUAUGCCAGGAACAAGGCUCCCAGCUCCCAAUUAUAAGUUCCAGAACACUUCUUCAAAUGCAGAGAAGACUUAAUCAUCUUGGCUAGCCCAGGCAAACCAAAUAGAUGAAGACUACCAAACAAGUGACGCUUAGGCAAUUGCCAACCCAAAGAAAAUUAAAUAAAGGAAGAAACUGAAGAAAAACCUGAUUUGGAUCUUGAUCUUGAUGAGGAAGCUGAAGUGCCACCCGCAAAACGGCCGCGCCGCUCAGCUGCCGCAAAAGCGCUGAUAAAUAUUGCCCCGGAAUCCGAAGAUGAGGCUUAACCUAUUGACGACCCAGAUACCGUAUUUGCCCCAGAAUCUAAUUAUGAAGAUGAGGGCGAAGUGAAGGAAGACCCAGAUACUGUGUUUGUUGUGGAAUCUGAUGACGAAGAUGAGGAUCAAAUGAUGGACGAGCCGGAUACUGUGGAUGCUGAUGCUGUUGUGAAACAAGAAGAAGAAAGACUGUAAACCUGGAGCUGACGAGCCGUUUAUUGUAAAGAAUGAAUAUCUAGAAGAUCCAGAUAUAGUAGUGUCGGAAAUUGAGCUUAUAGAUCCAAUUGGAGAAAUAUCUAUAAAAGAAAAGGAAUAUUUGAAUGAUGCCAAUUCAUCAGGAGCUGAAGAAAAAAAAUCAGUUUUGAAAUAUCAUAUUGAUAUUACAUUCGAAUAUUUGUAGUUUUGAAUGUCACACUUGCGAAGCAAAAUUUAAACGAAAAGACCAUUUGAAGAGUCACCUAAUGACACAUUCAGAUAUUCAUCCUUUUGAAUGUGACACUUGCAAAGCAAAAUAUAAACGAAAAGACAUUUUGAAGAGGCAUAUAUUAACGUCUAUGAUAUUAACACACUCGGAUAUUUAUUCUUUUGAAUGUAACACUUGCAAAGCAAAAUUUAAAGGAUUAUUCCACUCAUGUGUUAGAAAUCCCAUAAGACAAGUGACGAUUUUCAGAAUUACAGCGGAUCUCUUUUCCAUUUGUUUAACUAGAGAGAAUUACAGCGAUAAUUCUCCCAUGUUAUUGUAUACAUGGUUGUCAUGCUAAUUUUUGAUACAAACAAACGGUUCCUGAUAGCAACCAUUUAUUUGUAUUGAUUGUUAAGAUGUUCAAAUCGUUUAAUACAUAUUUAUUUCCAUAUUUUUUGCAAUCUCAUACGUGAAAUAAUCCUCUAAAUACCACUUGAGCUUUAAAAUGAACCAGAUAAUUUUUCACUCAUGCGUGUUUUCUCUGCAAAUUUCACUCGUCCUACGGACUCGUGAAAUUAUAGAAAACACGCAAUCGUGAAAAAUUAUCGGUAAUUUUGAAGCUCUCGUGGUAUUAUCCCCGAAAAUACUCUCUGAAAAAUCAUUUAGUAACAUAUUCGGAUAUUUAUGCUUUUGAAUGUGACACUUGCAAAGCAAUAUUUAAACGAAAAGACGAUUUGAAGAGGCAUAUAUCAUAUCAUCACACUCGGAUGAGAAAAAUUUAAAAUACAACGCUAAGUUUGGAACCAUGAAGACGCAUAUGUUAACACACUCGGAUAUUUAUCCUUUUGAAUGUAACACUUGCAAAGCAAAAUUUAAACGAAAAGACCAUUUGAAGAGUCACCUAAUGACACAUUCAGAUAUUCAUCCUUUUGAAUGUGACACUUGCAAAGCAAAAAAUAAACGAAAAGACAUUUUGGAGAGGCAUAUGUUAACACACUCGGAUAUUUAUCCUUUUGAAUGUAACACUUGCAAAGCAACAUUUAAAUGAAAAUACUCUCUGAAAAAUCAUUUAGUAACACAUUUGGAUAUUCAUGCUUUUGAAUGUGACACUUGCUAAGCAAAAUUUAAACGAAAAGACGAUUUGAAGAGGCAUAUAUCAUAUCAUCACACUAGGAUGAGAAACAUUUAAAAUACAACGCUAAGUUUGGAACCAGGGGUAAUUUGUGUGGUACAUAGUCCAAAUUUCAAUGUAGGUAGUUUUUGCUUCGCUUAAUUUAAACGUGAAAAAAAUGUGGAUGAACGAGUACUCCAAUGUAAAUUUUGUAAAUGCAAAACUAAUAUCUCGAAAGACGGAUUUGUAAAAAUCGGUGUGAGCCCGUAUAUGCAUGAGUUGGAUAACUUUAUAUUUGACGCACCGGACUUCGGACUUGAUGAAUAAUCGGAAGUAAUUACAUAAGUGCGUCAGCAUAACCGAUAAUUUCUCAUGAAAGCGUGUUGUCUUAAAACUGGAUUAGUUUAUAUUUUUGCAAAAAAGCCCGACACCGGAUACAUAUUCAAAAAUGCAAACUUUCAAAGAAAAAAAUAUUCAUAAGUAGCUAAUGAAAAAUAUUGCAAUAAUUCCUUUGGAGUAUCAGAUUAUGAAAGUCGGACUAUACUGGCUUUGCUCCCAAUCAUAUCUCAAUAAUGCCAAAAAUGAGUUCUCUGGCAUAUGGCAUCCUUCAUUCAGCAGUAAUUUUUUAAAAAUCUACCACGAAUUUGAUUCACCUUAUACCUAUAAAAUUGAUGGAACUAUUUUGUGUGUCUAAAGUCCUAAAGCUUAUUAAUUGAGAGAAUUUAUGUGGUAUGUUAAACAUACCUGUUUAUUUUAAAGGUUGUAUUAUUUAAUUUUUAUGGGUAGACACACAGGCUGAAUGGAAUACCCUCUGAUCCAUUAGACACACAAGAAUUCUCUCCAAAUUUGUUGAGUGUAAUGUUUUUUUUUUCGGUUUGUACAUUUGUUAAAAGCUGUCGUAUUACAUAGUAAACUUCAAAAAUCAUGUUCAGCUUUUUUUGACUUAUUUUUACCAGACUUUAGCUUAUAGAAUUUAGCCAAAAAGAAAUUUUUUAGAUCAAAAUACAUAAUGUCUUUUCAAAUAUCGUCUAUUUAAAAGUAAGUCUAAAAAAAGUUUUAUUUAUUAUAAAAUUUGUGCUAUGUAUGUUAUUUUUGUGUUAUCGCAAACCGCUUAAACUACAAACAUCGCCUCACUUUCCCUCCAAUUUAGGUUUUUUCUUUUUUGUUUAAUUGACAUAGGUAUAAAUAUAUUUUUUAUAUGUACAUCAUUAUGUUUUUUAUUUUCUAUUUAUUUUGCCUGUGGAGUGCAGCCUUGCGCUGUACAUAUCAUGUGAAAAUGUGUCGACAUGGAAAAACUAUCCAGGACAUAACUUGCAAUUUGUAUAAAUAUUCGAUCUGGUUAUUUUUAUUUGUUUUAAGUACAAUAAUAAAUCUGAAAUGUUUCUUUUAGAUGAAAA